UACCCUUGCCAUAUGGGGGGAUUGGGACAGACUAUGAAUGGUGGAUGAAUUAAACGAACUUUUGGCGUCAGUUGCCGUAGGUCAAGAGUUGGAAAUCGGCUUUCGACAGCUAGACUACCAUUCGUUGACAUAAAAGGCUCCAUUGUUGCAGGGUAGGAGUGAAUUUUCCCAAGCACCCCUACCAACACAACUCGAGCGGCUCAAGAUGAAACAAUCAUUGUCUCUCCUAGUGUUCCUGCUUUCCUUGGUAUUGACCACCACUGCUCCCAUCAAGAGCGGACGUGUCAAAUAUAACUUCAACUCGGACUGGAGAGUCCACGUCGGUGACCCCAACAAGGCAGAGACCACUGAUUUCGAUGACGACGAUUGGAAGAAAGUGACCACCCCAUACGCGUGGAAUGAAGACGAUUCGUUUCACGUUGGAAUCGCCAACCUAUCCACUGGAAUUGCUUGGUAUCGCAAACACUUCAAGCUCCCAGCGUCCGCGAAAGACAAGAAAGUAUUCCUUGAGUUCGAGGGCAUUCGCCAUGGAGGAGAGUUCUAUCUUAACGGCAAAUGGAUCGGACGGAGCGAAAAUGGCGUGAUGGCAUUCGGCUUCGACAUCACGGACGAGAUCAAGACCGGCGGCGAGAAUGUCCUAGCUGUCCGUAUCGAUAACGAUUGGGAAUACCGCGAAGUCGAGACAGGAAGUCCAUAUCAGUGGAGCGACAAGAACUUCUACGCCAACUAUGGAGGCAUCAACAAGAAUGUGUACCUUCAUGUCACCGAUCGGUUGUAUCAGACCUUGCCACUCUAUUCCAAUCUUAAGACCACGGGAGUGUAUGUGUACGCGACAAACAUUGACGUGAGCGGCAAGACUGCGACGAUCACGGCCGAGACUCAAGUGAGGAACGAGUACAGAUCAUCGAAGAGGUUCUCCUAUAAUGUGCAGAUUGAUGAUGUGGAAGGAAAGACCGUCAAGAAAAUUCGCGGGGAGGAAUUCACGCUGAGACCGAAUGAAACGAAAACCCUCCAUGUCUCCGGGGACAUGUCGGAUUUGAACUGGUGGAGCUGGGGCUACGGGUAUAUGUAUGACGUGCACACCAGUCUAACAGAGAGCGGACGUGCAGUCGACACUGUAACCACGCGAACAGGAUUCAGGAAGACGACGUUCAAAGACGGACAUUUCAGCCUUAAUGACCGAGCACUGCACCUGAAGGGAUAUGCGCAGAGAACUACAAAUGAAUGGCCUGCUCUGGGGUCAUCGGUGCCACCCUGGCUGUCCGACUUCUCCAACAACCUCGUGCUUGAGAGCAACGGGAACUUGAUCCGAUGGAUGCAUGUCACACCGUGGAAGCAAGACGUUGAGUCCUUGGACCGACUUGGCAUUUUGCAGGCCAUGCCCGCGGGGGAUUCCGAAAAAGACGUCACAGGCCGACGAUGGGAGCAAAGACAUGAAGUAAUGCGUGAUGCCAUCAUCUACAACCGCAACAACCCUAGUGUUGUGUUCUACGAGUCAGGAAACAACGGAAUCACAGAAGAUCAUAUGAAACAAAUGAAAGACCUCCGUGACCAGUUCGACCCGUACGGAGGGCGCGCCGCUGGUUGCCGCGAAAUGCUGAAUAGCACGGUAGCAGAGUAUGGUGGACAGAUGUUGUACGUCACGAAAAGCGCUCGCCAGCCUCUCUGGGAAAUGGAGUAUAGCCGCGACGAAGGCUUGCGGAAAUACUGGGACAACUACUCCCCACCGUACCAUGUCGAUGGCGACGGACCGGAGUACAAGGGUGAAGACGCUAGCGUGUACAAUCGGAAUCAGGAUUCGCAUGCCGUCGAAAAUGUCAAAAGGUGGUAUGAGUACUACGCCCAACGACCAGGGACCGGGACCAGAGUCAACGCUGGCGGAGUGAACAUUGUAUUCUCCGACUCCAACACACAUUACCGGGGCGCGGAGAAUUAUCGUCGGUCUGGAGAAGUGGAUGCAAUGAGGCUACCGAAAGACGGUUGGUAUGCGCACCGGGUGAUGUGGGACAACUGGGUUGAUGUCGAGAAGUUGUCUGGCCAUAUCUUUGGUCACUGGAAUUACAACGACAGCACAACCAAAAAUGUUUACGUAGCAUCCACAGCUGAACGUGUGGAGCUGUUCUUGAAUGGAAAGUCAUUGGGCUGGGGGCAGCAGAGUGACCGUUUCCUUUUCACUUUCACAAAUGUCACCUGGAAACCUGGUGAAUUGAAGGCCGUCGGACAUACCGGCAGCGAGAAGGCCAUUAUCGAUGAGAAGGCGACAACAGGAAAAGCGACUGCGAUCCGCCUCACAAAGCACAUCGCGCCAGGUGGAUUUAUCGCAAACGGAGCCGACAUUGCUUUGGUGGAUGUGGAAGUGGUAGAUGCAAGAAGCCGCCGAGUUCCGACUGCCUUAAACGAGAUGGAUUUCACGUUGGAAGGCGAGGCCUCGUGGCGCGGUGGGCUGGCACAAGGGCCGGACAAUUACAUCCUUGCGACUUCAUUACCGGUGGAAAAUGGCAUCAAUCGUGUUAUGCUGAGGUCGACAACAUCUGCUGGGAAGAUCAAAUUGAGUGCAAAGUCAAACGGACUGAAAUCAGCAUCUGUUACACUGUCUUCGGAACCACAGAAGACCACAGAUGGAUUGAGUACACAAAUGCCCGGAAAUGAUCUAUUAUCGAAUCUUUCACGAGGACCAACCCCUCCAGGUAGAUCAUAUAGAUCGUCGCGCAAAGCCGUCGAAAUAUCCAGUGCCACGGCAGGUUCUGACAAGGAUAACACCGAAUCCUCGUACGAUGAUGAUGAAAGAACUCAAUGGUCAUCGGACGCACACAAAAAGUCUGCCUGGAUUCAAUAUUCAUGGGAAGCGUCUGUUAAUGUUUCCCAGGUGGUAUUGAAGCUCAAUGACUUUCGGAAUAAGGAGUACCCCGUCGAAGUCAGUGUGGGCGACAAGAUUGCAUGGAAGGGCAAAACGCCAAAAUCCCUGGGGUAUGUGACACUGGAUCUUAAUGCGACCGUUGGAAAAAGUGCCACAAUUGCGCUCGACGCAAACAGUAAGCUGGGAGUCCUCGAGGCGGAAGUUUAUGCACCAGCGAGAUGAUAGUUAUCUGCCCCUUCAAAGUAGCAUAUCGUCAGGCAUGCCCGGAGCACACACAAAAAGCAAUUCCAAAGUCUGACAGCCUGGAAAAGAUGUAGGAAGAAACAGAUGUAUCCUAUAAUCGCCAAAACAGUAAGACAUCUAGCA